CUAAACUUAAAUGUUCUAAUGCUGAGUAUGUAACAUACGGUUUUUUAAUUUUGGUGUCAAUAAAUGCCGUUAUAAAACGCGUUCCAUGGUUGAACUUGUUAAUAACAAAACAAAGAAAAUAUGAAAAUCAUUAUUUUGAUUGUUACAUAUUUAUUCCAGUUUAUAGAAAGUAGUCGUGAUGAAGAAAGACUUUUAGAUGAUUUGUUUAAAACAUAUAAUCCUGCUGCACGUCCAGUCUUGGAUGAUUCAGAAUCAGUUAAUGUGACAUUUGGGUUAACAUUACGACAAAUAAUUGAUGUGCAUGAGAAAAUUCAAAUACUUGUUAUCAGUGCAUGGAUUAGACAGAAAUGGAGAAAUCCAAUCUUGACAUGGGAUCCAACAAAAUAUAACAACAUAAAAGAAAUAAAUGUAGAUCCUUCAAGUAUAUGGCGGCCUGAUAUUGUAUUAUAUAAUAAUGCAGAUGAAGAUAAGACCUUUGGAGGUAAUUUAGAAAGACUAAAAACAAGAGCUAUAUUAAAUUAUAAUGGUGACACUGCUUGGUUAGCUCCUGUCAUUUUGAAGAGCAAAUGUGAUAUUGAUGUUAAGUAUUUUCCUUUUGAUACACAAAAGUGUCCUCUAAAAUUUGGCAGUUGGACAUAUGACCAAGGAAGAUUAAAUUUAAUUAACGAAAGCAAUACAGCAACUUUAGAAAAAUAUUCAAACAACUCUGAGUGGUAUCUGCUAAGCGCAAAAGCAGUUCGAAAUGAAGAAAAGUAUUUCUGUUGUCCUGAACUCUACCCUGAUGUCACAUUUACGAUUAUUAUAGCUCGGCGAUCUUUGUUUUACUUGUGUAAUUUAAUAUUCCCCAUGACAAUAAUUGGAAUGUUAACUAUGUUAUCAUUUUUAUUGCCUGCCGAAUCAGGCGAGAGAGUUUCACUUGCUAUUACCCUUCUUCUUGCAAUGACUGUGUUCAUGUUAGUUGUAGCUGAUAUUAUACCCGCUACAAGUGAUGUUAUUCCAUUAGUUGGCAUUUAUUUUAGUGUUUCAAUGAUUGAAAUGGUUAUAAUGAUCAUUGUACUUUGUUACAUCAUGAGGCUACACAACAAGGGUCCAGGAGAUCCGCCAAUGCCUAUUUGGAUGAGAAGAUGGAUUUUGGAAAACUUGUCGUACAAAGUUGGAAUUCGCGUACGAAGUGAUCCGGAUCCUAUGCAAAUAAAUAAUCAAAAGCUAAAUAACGACGAAAGUUCCAUUCCUCUUAAUAAUUUAAAGAUAAAGCAGUCCGAAAUCAACUGGCAAAAUAAAGUUUCAAAAUGUGAAUUAUUACAAUGCAAUGACAGCACUUUAAAUAGUACGCACAAAAAAAAUAAGGCCACUGUUCAACUAUCGGAUUCAGAGCUUUUAUUGAGCAAAAUAGAUGUUUUGCUGGAAAAGUUGCGUUCAAUGGAAGAAGAAGGAACAAUAAAAUCUGAUUGGAGAAUAGUAGCUAUGACAAUUGAUCGUUGCCUGCUGAUUUUUUUCGCAUUAAUGGUGUUAAUAACUCUAUUUGGUUGCUUCUCAAUAUCACCAGGAUAUGUUCCAUAACCAUUUAAAAAUUGUUUGACAUAUUUCUUUUAUUUAAAUUUGUUUGAUUUCUUUUGUUAAUGAGUGUUAAGUUUUGACUCAAAUAAUCAUUCAAGUUUUAA